CUUCCUGUCGGCUGUCAGUUGAUGCAAAUUGCUACAAGAGGCGCUGCUUUUCCAUUUCCUAUUUCUUUUACUUUGUGAAUGGUGUCAGAGUAAGCAUCCAGGAUGCAGAUCUUCGUCAAGACCCUGACGGGCAAGACCAUCACCCUUGAGGUCGAACCGUCCGAUACGAUCGAAAAUGUCAAAGCCAAAAUCCAGGAUAAGGAGGGAAUCCCCCCAGAUCAGCAGCGUUUGAUCUUUGCCGGUAAGCAGCUGGAAGAUGGUCGUACCUUGUCCGACUACAACAUCCAGAAGGAAUCGACCCUUCACUUGGUGCUGCGCCUCCGUGGUGGUGCGAUGCAGAUCUUCGUCAAGACCCUGACGGGCAAGACCAUCACCCUUGAGGUCGAACCGUCCGAUACGAUCGAAAAUGUCAAAGCCAAAAUCCAGGAUAAGGAGGGAAUCCCCCCAGAUCAGCAGCGUUUGAUCUUUGCCGGUAAGCAGCUGGAAGAUGGUCGUACCUUGUCCGACUACAACAUCCAGAAGGAAUCGACCCUUCACUUGGUGCUGCGCCUCCGUGGUGGUGCCAAGAAGCGCAAGAAGAAGAAUUACUCCACCCCCAAGAAGAUCAAGCACAAGAGGAAGAAGGUCAAACUGGCUGUCCUCAAGUACUACAAGGUCGAUGAAAACGGCAAGAUCCACCGUCUGCGUCGUGAGUGCACCAGCGAGACCUGCGGUGCCGGUGUUUUCAUGGCUGCCCACGAAGAUCGUCACUACUGCGGCAAGUGCCACCUGACACUGGUCUACUCCAAGCAGGAAGAGAAGUAAAAAAAGGACCUGUUAUCUCUGGGUAUAUUUUGCGUUGGUGAACAAGAAUGCACGAAGAGAUCUUCUUCUUCUUUAAUAUUUAAGGAUUAAAAGAAAAUAAAAAGGAAAAAUCCACAAAUAAAGGAUUGAUACGGUUUUACAUUCCGUAUUCUUCUAAA